CUUCAUCACUCAUCUCUCUUCCUUAAAGUUCCUUCUUUGUUUCACGAAUCUAAAACCAAACCCUGAUUCAACCUUCAUACUAUCUAAUAGAAUUUAGCUUAAUUUUAGGGUUUUUAAUAACUUUUUGAUCGUUCGAUUCCAUGUCCGGAAAAGGGCUUUCUCCGGCGUCGUUCAAUGCUCCGCCGAUGAUUGUCCAAGAUGCUGACCCGUUACGUUUCCGGGUCGGUGAGCAAGACCCUAAAACCCGUGAAUUCGCUGCUUUUAUCGGCGACCACCACCGGUAUUUCGCGGCGGCAGCAGCAGCAGCCGCCGCAGCUAAUCCUCACCCUCAUCUCGAGUUCCGUCAAAAUUUCUACUCGGAGAAACCCAUUAGCGGAAACCCUAACGACAGUGGUGGAUCGGACGACGGCGAGGAUGAAGUUGACGUUGAAGAAGAAGACGAUGAUGAUGACAUAGACGGUAACGAAGGCGACGUCGGCUUGAAUAAAGACGCUGGUGAAGAUUCUGUAUCAGCAGGAGCUGUGAUAGUGGUUGGACAAGAUAACGCAGCGUACUACUCGCAGCAUUUUAAGACAAUGGAACCAGCUUUUGCUUCUAGGAAUGAGGAGUCAUCAGUUGCUGUGGAAAAUGGGUGUGAUUUCAGCGGCAGAAGAGACCCUUCUUCUUCUUCCACCAAUUCAAUCGAGUCUUUGAGGACCAUUUUGUCUGAUCCUACAACAGGGGCUUUGAUGGCUGAUGCUAUGAUUUUGCCUUGCGGACACACUUUUGGAGCUGGAGGAAUAGAACAAGUUAAACAGAUGAAAGCUUGCUAUACAUGUUCGCAGCCUGUCUCUGAUGACUCGAUAACCCCAAAUCUUACUUUACGAGUUGCUGUACAAGCAUUCUGCCGAGAAGAGAAUUCACAGUCAAAUCAUUCAUCUAAGAGAAAACGAGAAGGAUUUGAUCAAGAGAGACGCACAUUUGGUGUCACGAAUCAUUCAAGUCGUUCAAGGAACAAAAGUAAUCAUUUCCCAUUUGCUGUGGCAGAUCGAGUUAUAAUUAAGGGGAAUAAGAGGACACCACCUCGUUUUGUUGGCCGUGAAGCUGUUGUGACAACUCAAUGCUUAAACGGCUGGUAUGUAGUGAAAACGCUGGACAACGCAGAGAGUGUGAAGCUUCAGUAUCGUUCAUUGGCUAAAGCUCCAGAAGAUCCAUCAGCCAAAGCAACACCAAACAAGAUGGUUUCCAACUGGCUCUAAACAAAUCAGCCUUGUUUACAACAUAAUGACACCAAUUUCUGCUCCUUGGUUCUCAAAAACUUAUUACAGAUCCAGAUCACUGUUACAUAAUGUAAAUUGUAGUAGUUACUCCAUGUGAGGUUUGAGGAAAUUAGGCUUAGGGAAAGAUCCAAACUUUGAAUAGCCCGAACAUAUUUGGAUAAUAAUACAAUACAUAGUUAUUUUGUUCUCAAAA